AUGAGCGCCGCCGAGGAGCGGGCGUCUGUCGCCGACGCCAAAUUGCCCAGCCCCGAAGCUGUCGAAGAAAUGGCCGUCACUGUCAAAGAAAAAGAAAAGGAAAAGGAGAAGCCCAAGAAGACAGCCACGCCUCCUCUCUCGAACUACUGGCGCAUACUGUCCUUUCGUUCGAGGAGAGACGGAUUCGCCCUUCUAGUCAGUACUCUGUGCGCUAUUGGAUCUGGCACGGCACUUCCGCUUAUGAACAUCGUUUUUGGGAACCUUGUUAAAGAUUUCAAUGGCUACUUCCUGCCAAAUUCCACCGUGACCGAAAGCAGAUUCAAAUCAGCUGUCAGCCAGAAUUCGCUAUACCUGGUCUAUUUGUUCAUCGGCAGGUUUAUCCUGACCUACAUCUCAACGUUCUGUUUUCGCGUAACUGGACUACGAAUUUCUGCCAGGUUGCGACUCAGCUACCUCCAGUCACUCUUCGCUCAGCCCAUCAAGAAGCUCGACGAAGUAUCCGCCGGCACUGUCGCCAACACUAUCACGGCUUCGUCCAACAUCAUCCAGAUCAGCAUUUCGGACAAGCUCCAUUCGUUGUUCAUGGCCGUCACCUUGAUCAUCACCGCCUACAUCAUUGCUUUUCGCUACUCGGCGCUUCUCACCCUUGUAUCAAGCUCCUCUAUGCUUUUCGUCGUCAUCGUAUACAGCAUAACUACGCCUUUCUUAAUUAAAAGGAUGGCCCAGGUCGAGAAGUCCAACGCCAAAGCUGCUUCAAUAGCAGGGGAAAUCUUCAGUUCGAUCCGCGCCGUCUUCUCCCUGGGAGCUGAGAAGAGCCUGACAAAGAAGUACUUUACAGCCGUCGAAGAGUCGCAAAGGCAAGGACUCGCCAUGUCCAUUCUAUACGGUGUCCAAGUGGCGCCCGGGUUUUUUGCCAUGUACUCGAGCUUUGCACUGUCUUUUUGGUUCGGACUCAAGCAAUAUCGGGAAGGGCAUAUUGCUAGCAUCGGUACAGUCGUCACGGUUUUCUUCUCGGUCAUAAUCGUCAUGGCUAUUUUGGGAGUCCUUACCACCCCAAUCAUUGCCAUAACGAAAGCCAUCAGCGCUUCGACUGAGUUCUUUUCAAUGAUCGAUGCUCCAAGAGUCUCGUACGAAGGUGCCUCCGAACCCGACGUGUCGUCGCAUGAUGAUAUUGAAUUCGAUAAUGUGGACUUUACCUACCCCAGUCGCCCCGACGUUCAGGUCUUGAAAGGGUUCAAUGCUCGAUUUAGGAAAGGUCAAACGACUGCUCUGGUAGGCCCUUCAGGAUCGGGCAAGAGCACUAUUGUAGCGUUGCUGGAGCGUUGGUAUGAGCUGGGUAGGGAUGAUGGCAUGGUGUCAAUUGGUGGCCAUGACAUCAGGGACACCAGUCUGAAGUGGUGGAGGUCGCAAAUAGGCCUUGUUCAACAAGAACCAUUCUUGUUCAACGAUACCAUCUUCAAGAAUGUCGCAUUCGGACUGAACGGGACCGUGUGGGAAAAGGCUGAUGAUGCGACAAAGCAGCAAAGAGUCGAGAAGGCCUGCCAAGAAGCCUUUGCCGAUGAGUUUAUCCGACAACUUCCAGACGGAUAUAAAACAAGAGUUGGAGAGAGCGGGAUAAAACUGAGUGGCGGCCAACGGCAGCGGCUUGCGAUCGCCCGCAGCAUCAUUCGAGAGCCUUCCAUUCUGAUCCUGGAUGAAGCAACCAGUUCGAUCGACGUUCGAGGAGAAAGGAUUGUACAGAAAGCCCUGGACCAGGUGUCCAAAAAUCGGACGACUAUUGUGAUUGCCCACCGGCUUUCCACAAUUCGCAAGGCCGACAGUAUUAUUGUUAUGCGUGACGGACGAAAGAUGGAAGAAGGCGACCAUGAUACCCUGCUCUCGAUCCCCGACGGGAUUUACGCGGGCCUCGUACACGCACAGCAGCUUGAAGCCGAGACAGCUCCUCCAACUAACGAGAACAUCGAGGCAUCUGAUCUGAAACAUCUCGAGAGGGGGGACACGGCCGUCUCCGCAGAGCAACACGACGAGAAUACCACGAAAUACAAGGAUCGCGGAUUCUUCAUGUCCGUUGGCCGGAUUCUUUAUGAACAGCAAAGUUAUUGGAUAUUUUACGUUUUGGUCAUUAUUGCAGCCAUGGGAGCAGGCUCGGCCUUCUCGCUUCAAAGUUGGAUCUUUGCUCAGCUGAUGGAAGUUUUCACCUUUACCGGUCAAAAGCUGAAGGAAAGAGGGGACUUUUGGUCCCUGAUGUUCUUCAUACUCGCUUUGGGUAUGGCAGUGUCAUACUUUCUCCUCGGAUUCUUCUCCAAUCACCUCUCCGUGCUCGUGUCGUCCGUGUAUCGGCGCGAACACUUUCAGAAUCUCCUUCGAAAUCCCGUCUCAUACUUCGACACUGAAGGCAACUCCUCUGGUUCAUUGAUGGCCCGUUUGGCCACCGACUUCAAACUCCUCAGCGAACUGCUCGGCUUGAACGGCGCCUUCCCCUUGAUCUCUUUCUUCAACAUGACCGGAUGCAUUAUCAUAUCCUUCUACUUCGGCUGGAAGUUGACCUUGGUGACCUUCUUCUCCGCCAUGCCGGUCGUCAUUGUUGCCGCCUUUGUCCGCAUCAAAUACGAGGUCCAGUUCGAAGAGUGGAAUUCGAAGGUUUUCGCCCACAGCUCGCAAUUUGCAACGGAAGCCGUCGGUGCCUUUCGAACCGUCACGUCGUUGACCAUGGAAGACUCUAUCCUCCAAAAAUACUCGGAUCUCUUGCAAGAGCAGAUUCGGGAUGCAACCAGACGAGCGACACAUGGCUGUCUUGUAUUUGCUCUCUCGGACAGUGUCGAACUCUGUGCCAUGGCAUUGACGUUCUGGUACGGGGGACAGCUUCUGGCAACCCGCGAAUACAACAUUAUCCAAUUCUUUCUCAUCUUCAGCGCAAUCGUGCAAGGCUCGCAAGGGGCUGGCCAAUUCUUGAGUGUCUCCCCAAACAUUGCUCAAGCCACCGCGGCAGCCAAUCGCAUUCUGAGUUCGCGCUCCAUCGGUGAUGAAGACGCAAAGUUGAAUGGCGUGGGUGCACCGCUGCCACCAACUGAAAAGAAGGCAGGCGCCAGGAUCGAGUUCAAGGACGUCGUCUUCAAAUAUCCCACGCGAGGCACCCCCAUCUACCGCAACCUCAACCUAUCGGUCGAAAGCGGCCAGUUCGUGGCCUUUGUCGGUCCUUCGGGAUGCGGCAAGACCACGGUGAUCUCGCUGCUGGAGCGAUUCUACGACCCUGUUUCGGGAAUCAUCACCUUCAACGACCAAAACCUGAAAGACAUCGAAAUGUCGUCCUAUCGCCGUGCCCUGUCGCUUGUCGCUCAGGAACCUAAACUCUUUGACGGCACCAUUCGCGAGAACUUGAUCCUGGGCCUCGAUGACGGAGAUGUCGCGGAAGAAGACAUGGUGCAAGCCUGCAAAGACGCCGAAAUCCACGACUUCAUCUCCUCCCUGCCGGACGGGUACGGCACUCCACUGGGGAUCAACACACAGACUUCUCUCAGUGGCGGUCAGAAGCAGCGCUUGUGUCUCGCCCGCGCCCUGCUCCGCAACCCGUCCCUGUUGCUCCUCGACGAAGCCACCUCGAGUCUGGAUUCACAAUCCGAAAAGCUCGUGCAGGGCGCCAUCGAGCGCCUGGUGGGCCAGAGGAGCAUGACUGUGAUCGCAGUGGCGCAUCGACUGGCGACCAUUCAAAAAGCCGACACCAUCUUUGUGUUUGGCGAGAGCGAGGCGGGCCGGGGAUCGAGGAUCCUGGAAAGAGGCACGCACAAGGAGUUAUUGAGCAGACGGGGGGCAUAUUGGCAGAUGUGCCAGGAACAAGCGCUCGAUCGGUGA